CGCUCGACGCGAGAAGACCUGUCGCCGUUUCUCUUCCUACUCUCGGUUUGUUUUCCAUCAUAAAUCCCGGUAGGGGAUCGUCCCGAUAUGCUAGGAUCACUGACAGUCCGCGCGAACGGCCUCGGGAGGAGCUUCGCAUCGCAUUGCCCCCUGAUCAGAUCGACAUAACCGGAUAAUUUAGCUUUUAAAAAGAUAAAAGUCAAGCCCGCCGUCCGAGAUCUUGUAAUCUAGGCCGUGUGUUUGCUGGCGCUAUCGCACUUUCAGGUGAGCAGAGCCUCUCCCAGCACUCAUGCCAUAGGCGCGGGCCAGGCGCAAAUCCAGUUCCGUGUCUGGCGUUUGUUUGCUGUUUUCCUGCUUCACGGGACCUGGGAGUUUAUCCUCGUUCGCCGAGAGAGCAGCAGUGGCGGCGGCCUCUGUAUGCAGCCCGGGCUCAAUGGCGUCCGACACCAGCGACACGGAGGAGUUUUACGAUGCGGCGGAGGAUGUCAACUUCAGUCCCUCACCCCAUGCGUCACCUGCAAAGUUUGAACUUCCUCAGCCUGGGGGUCCUGCAGAGAACGUGGUACAGGAAGUUGCUCCUGGAUUAGUUCAACCAGAACCCCGUCAUGAUGAUUCUCUUCAGAUCAUUGACAGUAUUAUCGAAGAGAGUCAAAAGAGUGGAGUUGAGGAAGAGUUGUUGAGAACGGAAGAGACCUGUGAAGCCUCUUCUGAAGGGGAGAAGCCAGAAGCAGAAGACUGUAGUGUUGAAGAGACACCAGUUCCUGAGGUUCUUGUGGUGGUGCUUCCGGAGGAUCCUGAUGUGACUCCAUAUGACUCCGGUUGCACUGAGCAGGUGCCCGAUGUAAGACCGAGGGAAGUGAGGCCACAGGACAUUCAUGAUAGAGCACCGGAUGUGGCUGGUUCUGCCCAGGUGGGUCAAGACCAGGGUAUGCCACCCCCUCCGGACAUUACUAGUGCUCUGGGUCAGCCAUCGCUACCUGUUUCUCUGCCCUGUGCAGAGACAGCUGAUAUUCUAGAGCAAGUUUCUACGUCUGAUGGCGAUGGGCCCGGCCCUUCCAAACCUCCCAGACAGUUUACAGUGGAGCCUGACAUUGUAGCGAGUACUAAGAAGCAACCGCCCUCAAGACCGCCUCCACCCUCUGGGGCUCCUCCUCCUCGGCCGCCUCCCCCAUCACGACCCAGCUUUUCGGCUAGCAAAAAGUCCCAGGAAGCGAUUCGACCGACAGGACUUGAAGUCUCUGUAGACCCAGCAGAUGAGCUGUGUGGAUUGGUCAGCCCAAAUGCCACAGUCCAAUGCAUUACUAAAGAAGUCCAGCACUCCCUGGACCUUGCUAGCGCCACUAGUGGAGAUAAAGUCGUCACUGCACAGGAAAAUGAUGAGCAGGCAUCAAGUCCUAGUGGUGCUGAGACUGCUGGACCACAAAGACCAAGGUCUAACUCGGGCAGAGAGCUUACAGAUGAGGAGAUUCUUGCGAGUGUGAUGAUCAAGAAUCUGGACACUGGUGAGGAGAUCCCUCUGAUUCAGGCAGAAGAGAAACUACCCACUGGAAUCAACCCGCUCACACUGCACAUCAUGAGGAGAACCAAGGAGUACAUCUCAAACGACGCAGCACAGUCGGAUGAUGAUGAUAAAUCCCAGCCUGCCCUUACUGACACAGAUGGAGGGAAGCUGAAACAGAGAACAACACAGCUAAAGAAGUUUCUGGGUAAGUCAGUAAAGAGGGCGAAACACUUGGCGGAGGAAUAUGGAGAGAGAGCUGUGAAUAAAGUGAAGAGCGUUCGAGACGAGGUCUUCCACACUGACCAGGAUGACCCAUCCUCCAGUGAUGACGAAGGGAUGCCGUACACACGACCGGUCAAGUUUAAAGCGGCUCACAGCUUCAAAGGGCCCUUUGACUUUGACCAAAUCAAAGUGGUGCAGGACCUGAGCGGAGAGCACAUGGGUGCCGUCUGGACAAUGAAGUUCUCUCACUGUGGACGGCUACUGGCAACAGCAGGCCAGGAUAAUAUAGUUCGGAUCUGGGUCCUCAAAAAUGCCUAUGACUAUUUCAACAACAUGAGAAUAAAAUACAAUACAGAAGGACGCGUGUCACCGUCUCCCUCUCAGGAGAGUCUGUGUUCCUCUAAAUCAGAUACAGAAGGAGGGUUUGGUGCUGCUGUGGAAGAUGCAGACACGGAGGAUAGAAACGUCCCCUUCCGGCAGGUUCCUUUCUGCAAGUACAAGGGUCACACUGCUGACCUGCUGGAUCUGUCCUGGUCAAAGAACUACUUCCUGCUGUCAUCAUCAAUGGACAAGACGGUUCGCUUGUGGCACAUCUCCAGGAGAGAGUGUCUCUGCUGUUUUCAGCAUAUAGAUUUUGUUACAGCCAUUGCAUUUCAUCCUAGGGAUGACAGGUAUUUUUUGAGCGGUUCUUUGGAUGGAAAGCUGCGGUUAUGGAAUAUUCCAGAUAAGAAAGUAGCACUGUGGAAUGAGGUGGACGGACAGACACGUCUGAUAACAGCAGCUAACUUCUGCCAGAAUGGAAAGUAUGCAGUAAUCGGCACCUACGAUGGGCGCUGCAUUUUCUAUGACACCGAGCGCCUUAAAUAUCACACUCAAAUACACGUUCGCUCUACAAGAGGCAGGAAUCGAGUGGGCCGCAAAAUCACCGGUAUUGAGCCGCUGCCAGGAGAAAACAAGAUCUUGGUGACGUCAAACGACUCCCGCAUUCGCCUGUAUGACCUCAGAGAUUUGUCACUGUCUAUGAAGUACAAAGGCUACGUGAACAGCAGCAGUCAGAUCAAAGCCAGCUUCAGUCACGACUACUCUUACAUUGUGAGCGGCUCCGAGGACAAGUACGUGUACAUCUGGAGCACGUACCACGACCUCAGCAAGUUCACCUCUGUACGGAGAGACCGCAAUGACUUCUGGGAAGGGAUCAAAGCUCAUAACGCGGUUGUGACCUCGGCCGUCUUUGCUCCUCAUCCGGAUCUCAUCGUGCCUCAGGAAGCAGGCUCCGAAAAACCAGACUCGGACUGUAAGAGCGACAGCACAGACGACUCGGAGACCAUCCCAUCAGGGGCGCUAAAAACAGACCACUCUGAAGUUCUGCUCUCUGCUGAUUUCACCGGAGCCAUUAAAGUUUUUGUCAAUGUUAAGAAAUAUUGAGUGCUGAAUAUGACACCCAGUGAGUAUUUCAGAAAACAAACAAACAAUGAAUAGCUCCGUCCAGCUUUUCGGAUAGAGCUAAAACAAAAUCAGUGCCACUUUACAUGUAACAGAUCCCCCAUUAAUCGACCAAUCGGCUGCUGGAGAGUACUCUGGGGGCGGAGCUGAUAAGUUACGCCUCUUUUACAGAGAACAGGGACCCAGGAAGUUGUAAAGCGGGGAUAGUUGAGCAUCAGAGACAGAUGGAAAAAAAAACACGGUUAAUGCUUCUUUCUUUACCUUCUUAUGCUUUUAAUUUGAUUUCUUUGGCGAGGUGGUGUUGUAUCGUUACUGUACGUGCACAAAAAAGGGCUCUACAUUGCACAGAUCGAUGAUGCCAUUUUAAUGGAUGAGUGAAACUGCAAGCCUGUAUGGAGACAGGAUGAAUACGAGAGACGCAGGUGAUCAGCCCUUCAAACACACACACACACUUUAAUUUCCCCUGCACAUUUUAAUCCUCAAAGUCAAUGUUUCUGGAAAGCCCAGUAUCAUACAUUUCCAACACGAGCACUAACUCACUCGUUUCAAUUUUGUCAGUGUUAUUUUAUUGUUGUAAAAAUAAUUGAACCUGAUUUUUUUAUGUGUAUGAUUCCAGAAAUAAAUAAAAUGAAAAAAUUAA